AUGGCACCGCCUCUCGCAUUGACCCUCGCGGUCGCCAUGGGCGUGAUGGGAGGAGGAGGAGCCUCGGCCUCGCCAGCUGCAGCUGCAGAGCAGAAGCUCUGCUUCGCUGCUCCCGUGCCUGACAACCUACAGCUCGGCUCCAGACGCGCAGCAGCGGGUCAGGAGCGGAUCAGGAAGCACAUCCAGAAGGCUCUGCUGCUCUUCCACGAGAGGCACCCGACCGCGGCCAUUGAGAUCAACGUCACCCGACAUCCUUACUCUUUCCUGGGCGAUGCUAAGGACGGCAGUGGAUUCCUCCGAUCCGGAGGGCAGUGGACCUGGCAUGAUGGCCUCGUCGACUACACUGGAGGGUCAGAAGCACAAGCUCGAGCAUACGAGGCAUCUCUGAGUGAGCUCGGGCAACGGGCAGGCAUCAGGUUCCGUUAUGAUCAGAAGACGAACUGGCAGCCUGUAGACAGUCAGAGGAUUUGGUUGUGGUCGGCAAAGCAGGGAAAGGCUGAGGAAUACAUCGAUCGCCUCAACCACCGACACUUCGAGCUCGGAGAAUCUGCGUCGGACAGGAAAACAGUGUUGGCCGCCUGUGCCGACGUCGGAAUCGACAAGGAGGAAGCAAAGGCGUUCUUGGAGACAGAUGAGCUGGUAGAGACCGUGUGGAAGUCAUACGGAGACACCAUCCACAAGUAUGGAAUCCACUCCAUCCCCCUCUUCGUCUUCAACGUCCCUGCCAUCGGUGCCGUGGGCGGUCCAUUCAGAAAGGAUAGCUGCUCCAGGGAAGAUGAAAGGACGAGGUGUCAGAGGGAACCGUGGGUUGUCAACGGUUCGAUGGAUGCCAACAGGUUCCUCCAGAUCUUCGAAGAGAUCCUCCGUCUGCAGAUGAAGUCCAGGGAGUAA